AUGAAAGCCAUGUCCACCCCCAUACGGUCCCUGCGGUCUCGCAGUCGACUCUCAGCUUCCACCACACUCUCAGCGGCUCCAAUUGCACGGCGGAGGAUAUCCACGAGCAUCUGGAAUAGCUUCAUCUUCGGACCGCGGUCCCCACCCACCCCGCGACCCGUCACCGAUCACGAGGUAGCAGAACUGGCGCGGAAAGAGCUGCACCCUCUCAGUCUGGCCGAUCUCAUCAAGCAUGGUCGUCCCCCGCUCUCCGAACCUGCCCUCCUCUCCUCAGCCAACUUCACGCUCUCCCUAAUACCCGUCCGCCUCGCCUCCCGCAUCCAGGCCCUCCGCAACCUCCCCUACAUCGUCGUCUCGAACCCCAACAUCAACAAGAUAUACAAAAACUACGUCCACUCCCUCUCCACCCUCCUCCCCUGGUACGCCAAUCACACCACCCACACCCCGGCCAUCGAGACCCUCGAGGACGAAGUCGCCUUCACCUCCGCCCUCUCCGAGCUCGUCGCGACCCACCAGGAUACCAUCCCCGUGCUCGCCCGCGGCUUCCUCGAAUGCCGCCGCUACAUCCCGCCGCAGGACGCCACGCGCUUCCUGGACGAGCACCUGCGCGUGAGGAUCGGCACGAGGCUCAUUGCUGAGCAGCACAUUGCCCUGCACCACAGUAGCCAGGCCCACGGCGGGACGCGGAACAGCGUGCAUUAUGGGGAUAGGCCGAACUAUAUCGGCGUAAUAGAUACGGCGCUGAGGCCGGCCACGACGGUGGAGUUGUGCGCUGAUUGGGUGGCGGAUAUUUGUGAGUUGAGGUAUGGUAUCCGGCCCAAGGUCGUCAUCAAUGGCGAGCCCGAUACGACGUUUGCUUUUGUGCCCAUGCAUCUGGAGUACAUCGUCACCGAGCUCCUCAAGAACGCCUUCCGCGCCACGCUGGAAAAUCGCAUGGAAUCCGAGCCCAUCGUCGUGACCAUCGCCCCCGAACCAGCCUCCCCCUCCGCGACCCCGCGGCGCACGACCCCCCCUCCCCCUCCGCCGGAAUACAGCCUCGGCGAGCACGACGACCCCGAACCCGACCACCACUCGGAAUCACACACCAUCCUCCCGCUCGACGAGAAUGCCUCGGGCGUGACCAUCCGCAUCCGUGACCGCGGUGGCGGCAUCUCCCCUUCCCUCCUCGACAAGAUCUGGUCCUACUCCUUCACCACCUUCUCCGCCGAUGACGAACUCCCCGGGUCCAGCGGAAACGGCGACGGUCUUGCCGCCCUCUCUUCCGCUGGCCCUGGCGCAAGCUCCCUGGCCGGCUUGGGCUACGGCUUACCCCUCAGCCGUGCUUACGCGGAGUAUUUCGGCGGAGGCAUCGCGUUGCAGUCUCUCUACGGGUGGGGCACCGAUGUGUAUCUGCGGUUGAAGGGUGUAGGGAAGAUUGAUUCUUGA